CUUCCUCCUUUGCCUAUAAAAUGCGCCACAAAUUUAGUUGGGUAAACAAUCAGAGAACUAAGAAGCACUCAUCCAUGGCUCUGGAGGCUUGGUACAUGGAGGAGAAUGAGGAGGACAAGAGACUCCCUCAUCAUAAGAAUCCAAAGGAGUUUGUUUCCCUAAACAAGCUUGCAGAAAUUGGGAUUUUGUAUUGGCAUUUGAAUCCGAAAAACUAUGAAAAUGAUGAAGAACUAAACAAGAUUCGUGAAACCAGGGGAUACAACUAUAUGGAUCUUUUGGACUUGUGUCCUGAAAAAAUUGAGAAUUAUGAAGAGAAGCUGAGGAACUUUUACACAGAGCACAUCCAUGCUGAUGAAGAGAUCCGUUAUUGUCUGGAAGGAAGCGGGUAUUUUGAUGUCCGUGACAAAGAUGACCGUUGGAUAAGAAUCUGGAUCAAAGGAGGAGACAUGAUUAUAUUACCGGCUGGGAUCUACCAUCGCUUCACCCUCGACACUUCAAACUAUGUGAAGCUGAUGAGAUUGUUCAAAGGAGAACCAGUUUGGACUGCUUACAAUCGCCCUCAAGAAGCUCAUCCAGCAAGGCAAGAAUACAUCAAGAAUGUAGUGGAAAAUUCGGGCAUUGCGCUUGAAGCACAUUAGUUCAUGUUAUUCACCUCACUAUGCAUGGGCUUCUAUGGUACUCUGCUCAUGCACCUGUUUAAUUAUCCUUAUUAGUUAUGGGUAUUUACAUUAUGGUGUCAUCAUUCUAUGAGCGAUCAUAAACAGAGACAGGUAUUUUUAUGCAAAGGGGUUGUAGUUGUAAAGCUAUAUAGCAUAUUGAAGAGGCUGAGCACAUAUCCAGUGUCA